GCCUACAUAAAGCCACUCAUCUGUGUCACUGGCUCACUCUAUUUCUUCUCUCCUCCUCACCCUCUCUGCCGCUAACCACCUUCCUCUGCAUCUUUCUUUCAAACCCACCACUCCUCAUUUCUCUCCCCUGUUUCUCGCUUUCCCCUCCGACCGCAUCUCUAGCGACGGACAUCCUUCUCCAAUGGUGAACCCACCCGAGCUGUACCACCGCAUCCUCGACGUCCCCAAGGGGACCUCGCCGCAGGAGCUCCGCGCCGCCUACAAGGGCCUCGCCAAGAAAUGGCACCCCGACAAGCACCCGCCGUCGUCCAAGCUCGAGGCCGAGGCGCGCUUCAAGGCCAUCACCGAGGCCUACGAGGCGCUCAUGGACCAGCAGGAGAACAGGGCGGUGUUCGGGGUGUGCAACGACGGCCGGGCCGGCGAGACGACCGGGUCGUUCGGCGCCGGCGCCGGCGCCUGCGGAGCCGCGCGCAUGGCGAGGACGCGGAGCGACGACUUCUGCAUGAGGAGCGCGCCCGCCACGCCCGCCAGGGAGUUCGCCAAGGUGUACAGCACCGGCAACACGGGCGGCCGCCGCGCCUUCGCCGAGUUCUCCAGCUCCAUCAUGCGCAAGGCGCCGCCGCUGGAGCGCCCCCUCGAGUGCACGCUCGAGGAGCUCUGCCGCGGAUGCAAGAAGCAGGUCAAGUUCACCCGCGACGUCGUCACCAAGAACGGGUCAAUAGUUAAGAAGGAGGUGGCCCAGAUGAUCAUGGUGAAACCAGGGUGGAGGAAAGGACACAAGGUCACCUUCGAAGGGAUGGGGGAUGAGAGGCCAGGAUGCCUACCAGCCGAUGCCAUCUUCAUCGUGUCCGAGAAGAAGCACUCGACGUUCAAGAGGGUAGGCGACGACCUAGUGCUGAAAGCCAAGGUGCCGCUGGUGAGCGCGCUCACCGGCUGGUCCUUCUCGUUCAGGCUUCUGAGUGGCAAGAAGGUGACCUGCUCAUUUGAGGAUGAGAUCAUCUGCCCGGGACAUGAGAAGGUCAUCAAAGGGGAAGGGAUGCCGAUCAUCGGACGGUUAGGCGCGCGGGGGGAUCUAAGAGUGAAGCUGGAGAUCGUCUUCCCGGAGAAGCUCACCAACGAGCAACUCACCGGCCUCGCUGAAAUUCUGAAGGACUGCACCUGAGUUUGCACAUGUUAGACCCAGCUGUAUGUAUCAAAUUUUCUUGGCCCCGUUGUUAAUACUCAGAGCGUGUGGGUGGGUACAUAAAGAGAUGCGUCCUUGUACAUACAGGUUUUCCAUAUAUAUAUGAAACGUGAGCCAAGCAUUAUGUGCAUAGUACAUGCUUGGUCCAUGAGCUGUAUGUACACGUUUUGUCUA